CAACGUGACCAUCAUCUCACUAACCAAAAUAUACACGGCGACCACGUUGUUGUACUACGUUAUAUACUGCACCCGUGGAAGGACAGAUUUCUAAGCUAAAUAUUAACGAUAGUAAAUAUACUCGAAAACAACGGAGAGAACGCGGAUAAAGCUUACCAACGACAAACCUAUUACGUAAAUAAAUUAAUGAGCAAACGGAGAGAGGACUGUUGAAAGACAGACAAAUAAGUAAACGGACGCGAAAACUAACGGAUUAAAAACAAUUAAUAUAAACAAAGUUUCGCACUCACCGGGAGGUCUUACCGACUGAAGUGUAAUUACGAUUAUUAUUAUUACGUUGAACGUUUCCAUUAUCAUACGUGAAACAAAAAUAAACAAACAAACGAAACAAAACUAAUCCUGAUAAAGAAACAGUAAAAAGAACAAAAUACUUAAGGAAGAAGUUUAUAAUUUAUUUUUGUACAGUGAAUAACUUUUACAUAUACAUCGUUCAUUCGUCAUACAUACGUAUACCACGUGCAUGCAUAUUGUAUAAAUAUUUCGACGACGAGGAUAAAACUGCGAGAAGUAUUAUAAAGAUAAAAACGCAACGGUAUUAAAUUAACAAUCGGAAUAAAGAAACGUAAAAUAUUCUGUUGUGUCCCGUGCGUAUAUGUAUCUUUCGUGCUAAUCGCGAUCUGAUAUAAUCAGCUAAUGAUACAUACGUAUUAUAUUUAUAUAUAAAUAAAUCGAUAUACAUAUAUAUACAUUUGUAUAUAUAUAUAUAUACUUACAUGUGUGAGUGAAUGCAUCGUACGAAUACCCACGGUUGAUAAAAAGAAAUCAAUAAAAACAAAAAAAAAAAAUAAAGAACAUCAACCACUCGAAGGAAAGAACUUUGUAUCGAUCAUCUUGUGCUGUUCGAAUAUUAAACCAACGUCGAUAGUGAGCGAGCAACGGUCGGACGCGCUUUUUUCAGUUCUGAAAUACGUAUCUCUACACUCGCGUCGUUUACAGAGGACAGAGACACAAGGAGCCGAUAUACCUCGGGUGUGAUUCGAGAAAGAGGAGGAGCGAGAUAAAUACGCGAGGGAAUAAAGACGAGUAAGUAAUCGAAAAUGCCGACGAGUUUGUUCAGCGAAAUGGAUCGCGGCACGACCACCGGCUCCCUCGAGGAGCAGAGAGCCCUUCAACUCGCCUUCGAGCUCUCCAUGCUCGGACUCGAAGGGAGUCCGGGCAACAACGGAUCCAACGGCGACGACAACCUCGCGACACCGGCCAGCGUCUUCGAGGAGGCUCGAUCCAAGAAAAGCCAAAACAUGACCGAGUGCGUUCCGGUUCCGAGCAGCGAGCAUGUCGCCGAAAUCGUUGGACGACAAGGCUGCAAGAUCAAGGCGCUCCGCGCGAAGACGAACACGUACAUAAAGACGCCGGUCCGGGGAGAGGAGCCCGUGUUCGUGGUUACGGGGCGCAAGGAGGACGUGGCGAGGGCGAAGCGGGAGAUCCUCUCGGCGGCGGAGCACUUCUCGCAGAUCCGGGCGUCGCGGAAGAGUUCGCUUGGAGCUCUGCUCGGCGCCCCUCCAGGACCGCCGGCCUCAGUCCCGGGGCACGUGACAAUCCAGGUUCGAGUACCUUACAGGGUCGUGGGUCUAGUAGUCGGGCCGAAGGGGGCGACGAUCAAGAGGAUCCAGCACCAGACGCACACCUACAUCGUGACGCCGAGCCGGGACAAGGAGCCGGUGUUCGAGGUGACGGGACUCCCGGAAAGCGUCGAGGCCGCGAGGCGCGAGAUCGAGGCCCACAUCGCCCUCCGGACCGGAUCGGGCCCAGGACUCGAGGAGGCGGACCUCCUCGGCGCCCUCUGCCUCGGCGGGCUCGGCUCGAUCCUCGGCUGCCUCGAUCCGCCCGGUUCCAACGGCUCGAACGGCUCGAGCGGCGCCUUCUCGAGCAGCGGGAGCUGCAGCAGUUCCUCGAGCAGCUCCGGGGCCCCAGGGCUUAACGACCUCGUAGCGAUUUGGGGCGCGGGCCUCGAGCGGGACGAGGGCCUCGGCGAGUCCCCGUCGUUCGAGUCCCAGGCAGCUGCCUCCUCGAUCUGGUCCUUCCCCGGGGUCGCCCUGCCUUCGAGACCCUCGCCACCGGCCUCGGCGAGCCCGGCCUCGCCGACGGACUCCCUCCUCGGCGGGGGCAUCGGCAGGCGCGAGUGCGUCGUCUGCGGCGACAAGGAGGUCACCGCGGCCCUCGUUCCCUGCGGCCACAAUCUAUUCUGCCUUGACUGUGGCAACCGCGUUUGCGAGAGCCCCAAUCCGUGCUGUCCGGUCUGCUCGCGACCGGUGCUUCAGGCUCUCCGCAUACUCUCAUAAAUGACGCGAGGACGCGACCCCCCUACCCCCCUCCAAUCAUCCCUCGCCAUGUAUGUAUAACCUUUGUCGAGCGAUUUUCCUCUACGAUUGUUUAUUCUUUUUUUUAUUUUUAUUUUUAUUUUUAUUUUUUUUUUUUUUUACUUCCCAUUCGAGUAAAAAUUGUAAUUCUAUUUUUAUUUCAUUAUUAUUAUUAUUAUUAUUAUUGUUGUUGUUGUUGUUGUUGUUGUUUCUCGUUGCACCGCGCUACGUCGCGUCUCGUUUCGGUUCGAUUGGGCGUUGUUUUUUUUUUUUUUUCUUUUUUACCUCUUAUUAGUUUCGAUCAUAAUUAUAUUUUGUACGUUUAUUAUCGAUAAUACCACAAACAUCGCCGAGACGAGUACCUAUAACUGAGAUAUAUAAUAGUAUUAUGAGAUUCUCAUGACGCUGUUUGUGUGAUUAUAUUCAUACUUGUAAUGUAGGGUAUAUUAUAUAUAUACAUGUAUUCACAUAUAGCAUCCAAUCAUCAUGUGCGAUAUUGUUGUCGGGUGAUAAUGAAAACAUUGACCAAGCAACAAUGAUUAUAAUGUACGCUGUAAAAUUCGUUUUCACGACGAAAGAACAACAACAGUAAAUAAUAAGCAAACGACAAAAACACAUACGCAUAUAUAUAUAGAGAGAGUGAGACAGAGAGAAAGAAAGAAAGAAAGAAAGAAAGAAAGAAAGAAAGAGGGAGAGAUAUAUACGAUACACGGCAAAUAACUAGCCUCCCAUCGCCAGCACCACGAAGCAAACCCCCCCUGCCCCCCUCUGGCAGAGGAAACAAUUAAUAAUAAUAUUAUUGAAUACGGCAAGUUGAAAAAAUAAAUCAAUAAACAAUAAACAAUAAUGAGAAUGCUGCCUCCGAGCAAUGGAAACUCG